AGGAAGGGUUUUGGUCUUACAUGAGCUAGUAUAGGGUCUUUCCCUGUCGCGCGAUGGCUGGGGAUUGUUCAUCAACUACGCCCGUCUACCUUUUCUUUAUUUCUUGUGAGUGUCUGUGUUCCGGGGUCUUCUCGCUCUCUACAUGGCUUUGUCACGCUGAACGUCAAAUACCCGGAAGUGUCACGAACGUUUAAACACACCUCGCCACUAGGCCUCCCAGGCUUGGGUAAUCCUGUUGAGGAUUCUCUACAAAAGAACUCGAUAUGGCGUACAGUCCCAAUGGAAGCGGAUCGAGUGGUCUCCUUCCUCCUAUCUCGGUGCUUGCCAAGUGGCCGGUUCCGAAUUACGAUGACCCCGUUACUCGUUCCAGAGCCGUUCUCAUUACAUCGUGUGCUCUGGGAUCCGUCAUGCUUGUCACAGUGGGAGCCAGAAUGUGGGCAAGAGCUAUCAUACAAAGGAACGCAGGGCUCGAUGACUGGAUUAUAACGGCUGCAAUGAUACCAACAGUUGGACUUACUGUCGUGGUAUGUCUAGCAACCGAAAAGUACGACUUCAAUCGCCACAUAUGGGACGUCCAUCCAAACAUGUACGUCCCUGAGCGCAAGAUAACCUUCAUCCUCUACCUCUUAUACAUUGUGUCUGGUGGAAUGAUCAAGAUCUCCAUCCUCCUUUUCUACCGCCGCCUCGACUCGCGCUCUAUAACCCGAAGUUUCCGGAUCGCGACCUGGAUUAACAUCAUCGCCAUCGGCAUCUUCUGCAUUGCAUUCGUCGUCGUGCUCUUCACAGCUUGCACACCUUUUGAAGCCUUCUGGUAUCAGUUCGACAUCGCCAAGCAAAUCGCAGGAUAUUCAUACCACUGUUGGGUCAACGAAUAUGCAGAUCUGCUAUCAGCGAGCAUAAUUAGCGCAGUGCAGGAUGCCGUUGCCGCUUUUCUUCCUACAAUCCUAUACUGGAACCUGCAAAUCCCUCGUCGCCAGAAGAUUGCUUUAGGUGCCAUCUUCGCUCUCGGCUACCUAGUCUGCAUCGUCGCGGGUGUUCGUUCCUACUAUGUCUACCGCAUCUUCAACAACCCAUUGUACGAUUCAACCUGGGAGUCAUGGCCUGCGUGGCUUCUCUGCAUGUUGGAGAUUCAAUUGGGGGCUAUUUGUGCUAGUGCGCCGGCCCUCAAAGUAUUCUUUACGCAUUACUUCAAGGUGGCCGCGAGUAUGUAUGGAUCCAGCCGGGGUACGGCAUCCAGUGUUAAGAAAGACGGUUCAUGGUGGAGAUCGACGGGUACGGGCUCGGCGAGUAUGGCAACCAUGGUGUCGAGGCCGGAACAGGAAGGGUAUCUUAGGCAACUGGGAGCAGGCCAUAUUGUGGAUGAGGAAGGGGGGAUUGUGCUACAGGAGGGAAAGAAAUUCGAUGGGCGGACAGGAACCGGUAGAUAUGAUGGAUGGACUGAGAACCAAAGACAUGACGGACGGACAGAGAGUAACAGGUUUGAUGGUAGGACGGAAAGUAUCGAAACCUUCAUCUUUACUUGAGAUAGGGUAUGAGAAGAACCCAUUCGACAAACAACCACCUCGAUGCAUAACGAAAGUAUCAUGGAUGGUCUCCACGAGUUCACUAAAAAGGACAAAUUACGACAUGUCACGAAGUAUAAGAUGGUAUCCUAGCCUGUUCUGUUGGUCAAGACCUCCACAAUACUCUCGCUCGUCCAGACUUCGUAGUUAGUUCUCGGGCGUAUGGAGUGGAUUGGCUAAACCCGUAGCUCUAUCACAUUGUCUCUUUGGACGUGGUUGAAAGAAAAACGAACACUAGAUGAUGGAGCUGCG